AUGGGGGCUCUGGAUGGGUCACUUGUUCUUGUCCAAGGGGUGAAUGAUGACACAGACUCCAUGCCCCACCCCCUCAGCUGCCCAGCCAGUCUGACCAAGACGGAGUGGCCCUUCCACUUCUAUUCUCCGUGGGUCUCCGAGGAUGUGGGAUGCGGGAGAGGGAGGAGGGGCAGGAGGAAGACCAGGAAUGGAGGACGGGAGCUCUGUGCGAGAGACGCGGGUUCAGAAACCCAGCGGCACAGCAGCAAGCGCCCUCCCGCCCCUCGACCAGUGACUCCCACGGCAGGUGCAAUCCACAAAACCAGAGGCCACCCAAGGUGUACCCGCCUCUCCCAGGAGCCUUUCUGCCAGAGACCCCAAGCCGGGUGCCCUCCACACUGGGCCGCAAGGGUAGGUGGGGCCACUGUGGCACUGGUACCCAGUGGGUGCCUGUCAAACAGGUGUCAACCGACUAAUUGCAGUCCGGCUGGUCCCAGAGACCAGCCAGACACCCUUCCUACUGAGGGUGAGGUCCUACACUGGGAGGGCCCCCACUGUCCGGCUGUCCCGGACACAGCCCCACUAAGCAUGCGGGAGGCACCCCACUUGGCACCCCCCAGCCCGGCCCAUACCAGCCAGCAGCCUGGCCCUGGCUGGCUGCCCUCCAGCAAGCCAUGA